AUGGCCACCAAGGUGCAAGCCCCCGCCCGCAUUCCCUCGCCAGACCUCGACCGCCCGACGCCUACUGCCCCCGACCCCGACGCCCGCCCCCCGUCCGCCUCGGCCACCCACCCGUCGCUGUCCCAGCCCCGCCGCACCACCUUCGACCUCGAGCCAAACCCCUUCGAGCAGUCCUUCGCCCGCCCCUCCAACGACUCCUCCGUCCGCACCCUCCAAAAGUCCCCCACCCGCUCAUCCGCCCGCUCCUCCAACUCCACCGCCACCAGCGAUGACCCUGCCCGCCCUUCCCAGCAGCAGCCAGACCGCGACCGCUCUGGCUCCCCGCCCGACCCCAAGCCUAUGCUCCCGCCUCUCGCCAGCAUCUCCUCCCCGUCGGACCCGUCAUACACCUGGGCAUACUCAACGUCCAGCAUCUCCAACUCGUUGCGAUCGGGACCCCUAUCUCCGGCGAUGCUCGCGGGGCCCCAACCCAACUCCCACAACGACCAGCCGCUGCCCGCCUUCGACCCCACCGCCUUCCGCACUGGGCUCACCCCGCGCACAGGGCUCACUCCGCGCACGGGGCUCACGCCGGGCACGGGGCUCACUCCUCUCAUCGGUGGGCCCGUCUCGUUCCCUCCGCCGUCUCCCAAUACGGCAGCCUUCCUCGCGAUGAUGCAAAACUCCAAUGGAACCACUCCGAGCCUCUCCAAUGUCGCGGGUACCAUCACGCCCAACACCCUCUCCGCCAUUACCGGCGUCCUCUCGACAUCACAUCAUCCACACUCGCACGCAACCACUACCCCGUCCCCGCUGUCCAUGCACGCUUACCAAUCGCAAGCGCAAGGUCAGAGCCAGGGUCAAUCUAGGGAAAGCAACGGCUACGCCUCCAAUGCCGCUGCUAACACUGCCGCCAACGGCCUCUUCCUGCUCUCCCAAGCGCACCAGGAGCUCGCGAAGCGCGAGGCGCAGGCCGCGGCCGCGGCCAACGCCAACGGCUCCGCGAACCCGGGUGCGGCUGCUACCAACGGCGCAUCUGCCCCUACUCCGGCCCCCAACGCCUCGGCGAACAACAAACGGGGGACGAAACGGAAGGCGAUCGACUCGCCGGUCGUCACCAAUGCGGAGGAGCAGGAGGUGCCCACCUCGGGCAAGCGGACGCGCUCGUCGACGGCGUCGAGCUCCACGCAACGGAGGGGCAGCAUCCUGAGUCUCGACGGCGAGGAGGAGGAGGAGGAAGACGACAUGGAGCCUCUGCCGCAGCCCAAGAAGGGCGGGUCUGGGCAGAAAAAGCCAGAGACGGAGGAAGAGAAGCGGAGAAACUUCCUCGAGCGCAAUCGACAAGCUGCACUCAAGUGCCGGCAACGGAAGAAGGCCUGGCUCGCGCAGCUCCAAGCGAAAGUCGAGUAUCUCUCGAACGAGAACGAGCGGCUCACCGCUGCGCUCGUCGCCUCGCGCGAGGAGAUCUCGCGGCUGUCCGCGCUCGUGGGCGCCGCGUCCGUCGGGCCUGCGGUCUCCAUGGGCGGGGCGAAUGUCGGCGUGAACGGGUCGCACGGCCCAGUGAACGGCGGCCCGCCGAUCAGCGUGAGCGUGACGAUGCCGCCCACGGGGAAGAGCGCGACGGCGAUGGUCGGUGGCGGGGGCCGGGGUUAUGGCUACUGA